GGGCAGGGGCUCGCGCAGAGGUUUUUACAUUUUGUAAACAACAUGGCGAUUCACGGACUGCAAAGUCUCCUAGCUGUCUAACGGAGCACGGUGCAAUAAAAAGGCUGAAGUUUAUUUGUGUUCAGUAGACGCCACGGAUCCGACCAGGCGUAAGUAACACGUCGGGUGGAGUACGAGGCUGAUUUUACGCCGAUAAAGAGCUGGACCGGCGAGCUGUCAAGAAGACCGUUUGGUAAUCAAACGGCUUUCUUCAGUCUAUGGGCUCUCAGUCCAGUUCUGGGAUGUCUGGUGGAAGGGGCUCCUCCAGUGGCAACCCAGCAGAGCAGUCAGAACCAGCAGAAGCCAACCAGAGCAGCAGCCGAGGCCGCAGGACGGCUGAUAGGCAGCAGGGGGACAGGCAGUCAGCAUCAGAGGAGGACGUCGACUUAGCCGAAGUGCUGGCUUACCUACUGAGGAGGGGCCAGGUCAGGCUGGUCCAUGGCAGUGGCGCUACGGGGCUGCAGCUGGUCCAGUCGUACUCCGACUCUGAUGAAGACAGCGAUGGAGCAUGGGAGGGUCGGUUGGGUGACCGCUAUAAUCCACCCGUGGACGCCCAGCCUGACACACAGGAUGUGGACCGUAGUGAGAUCCGAACUCAGAUCCUGCUGGCCACUGCCUCCUCUGGCCUGAAAGGCAGACACAGCUUCACCCACAUGCUUGCAGAGAGGGAGCAAGGCAGGUGUCGGGGCUCGAGUUUUUCCCAUGGAGAGUGCAGCCGCAUUCGCACACAUUUCCUGCCAAAUUAUGUAUCUCACAAGGAUACGUACCAGCAGAAAGCCUUCUGCGGGGUGUACAGUGAAGAUGGCACCAUGUUCCUUUCUGCCUGCCAAGACCAGAACAUCCGCCUGUACGACACCACCAGGGGGCGAUUUAACCUACGGCGAACGGUGAAGGCCCGGGACGUGGGCUGGAGUGUGCUGGACGUGUGCUUCACCCCUGACACACACCAUGUGCUCUACUCCAGCUGGUCUGACUACAUUCAUGUGUGCAGUGUAGAUGGAGACAGUGAAAGCCACACCGCCCUGGACCUCAAUCCAGACGAAAGGAGGUUCUGCGUGUUCUCACUGGCUGCAUCCACAGAUGGCAAGGACAUCCUCGGAGGAGCGAAUGACGGCUGCCUCUAUGUCUUUGAUCGUGAGCAGAAUAAAAGGACAUUGAAGAUUGAUGCCCAUGAGGAUGAUGUGAAUGCGGUGGCGUUUGCUGACGGCUCCUCCCAGCUGCUCUUCUCUGGCAGCGAUGACGCACUGUGCAAGGUGUGGGACAGACGGACGCUGCGGGAGGACAGACCGCAGCCUGUCGGACAGCUGGCCGGCCACCGAGACGGCGUCACCUUCAUCCACAGCAAGGGCGAUGCACGCUACCUGAUCAGCAACUCUAAGGAUCAGUCCAUCAAGCUCUGGGACGUGAGGAAGUUCUCGCCCAAGGAGGGGCUGGCCGCCUCGCGCCUGGCUGUCACCCAACAAAACUGGGACUACCGUUGGCAGCAGGUUCCCCAGAGAGCCCUGAAGAGACACAAGCUGACAGGCGACACUUCGGUGAUGACCUACCGUGGUCACGGCGUCCUGCACACGCUCAUCCGCUGCCGUUUCUCACCCGAGUUCAGCACCGGGCAGAGGUUCAUCUACUCUGGCUGCUCCACUGGCAAAAUCAUCAUUUAUGAUGUGCUAACAGGCACUGUGGUAGCCAGGUUGUCGGGCCAUGACGCGUGUGUGAGGGACGUCAGCUGGCACCCGUAUGAGGACAACAUUGUCAGCAGCUCUUGGGACGGGGCAGUGCGAAUGUGGGAGCACAGACAGACCCAUCCUCUAGAGGAGGAGAGAGAGAGGGAGAGAGACUGACGGCCAGGACAAAACAACGGGAGACAGAAAUGGUUAGAGAAAAUGUGAUGAGUAAGGGAUUGAUGUCAGAGGAAGUGACGUCAAACAGGAAGAGGCUGGCCCUAACAGAGGGAGACAAAGCUCACAAAGAGCGAGAGAGAGACUUUCAUAUCUUCUGAAUUCAAUGCUGGAUAUUAAUAAUUAUAAUUAUAGCGUGGUUGUGAAGUGUUCUUUUGGAAGGCAUUAUAACCUUGUAUUGUCAAAAGUGCAGAUUAGGGCGGAGAUUUGGUGAGAUCACCUCAGAUGAUGGCCUAUUUGAAAUGUCUUUUUUAUCUGCCUCACUUUCAUGUAAGGCCAAAGCUGCUGAAUUUGGCUUCUUGAAACCCUUCACCCAAAACGUACUGAAGCUCAUAACGCUAAGCGCUUACUUAAAGAGCUACCCAACAAAACUGCACUCAUUGACAGUUCUUAUGGUGCUUUGAGAAGAAAGCCCUUUUACCCAAUUAAUGGUAAGAUAGUUAUAUGUUAAAUCAAUGUUAGAUAUUGCAGGGAGAAGCUCUGGACUUUAAGAUUGAUAAUUCUGUAUAAAUAAUGUAUAGUAUUUUAAUGGUAAAAGUGUGCAGGGAGUGUAUUCACGAAGUAGUUUGUGUGCUGAUUUGGAAUCAGUUUUGACAUUUCCUAUUACCAUGAGUUACAUUGUCUGAGGUCUUAUCAGUGAUCCUGGUCAGCACUCCAGCUUUGUGAAUACCGGCAUUGGGAUGGAGAAAAAAAACUAAAAAAACUAAAAAAAAAAAAAAAAAAUCCUUCUGUCGGACAAUAUAAAUGUGAUCUGUUCAAAAGAUUUGAAUGUGCGUAAUAAUAUGUCGAGGUUAAGAUUUGAUGAUGGAAUUGGGAACGUGUGUGUGUGGAUACAUAGUUACACACUGAUCUGUGUAUGCAAUUUUUUGGGUAUGUUUAUAUUAAAACCCAUGUUUCACUCUCAGACCAUUGUUUUACAGUUACAAUAAAACCUUUCUUUAAAUGUAA